AAUGGAAGCACUAAUCUUGGAGCUCCACGAGAUCGAGGCUGUCAAAUUCGGCAGCUUCAAGCUCAAAUCCGGCAUCACCUCCCCCAUCUACAUCGACCUCCGCCUCAUCGUCUCCUACCCCUCCCUCCUCUCGCGCAUCGCCGACCUCCUCUUCUCCGCCGUUUCCUCCGCCACAUUCGACCUCGUCUGUGGCGUCCCCUACACCGCCCUACCCGUCGCCGCCGUCCUCUCCGUCUCCCGCGCCGUCCCCAUGGUCAUGCGCCGGAAAGAGAUCAAGGACUACGGCACCGGCCGCGCCGUCGAGGGCGCCUUCCACCCCGGACAGGUCUGCCUCGUCGUCGAGGACCUCGUCACCAGCGGCGCCUCCGUCCUCGAGACCGCCGCCCCGCUUCGCGCCGAGGGCCUCGAGGUGCGCGACGCCGUCGUCGUCAUCGACCGCGAGCAGGGCGGCCGUGAGAAUCUCGCUGCCCAGGGCAUCCGCCUGCACGCGCUCACUACGCUGUCCGACGUCCUUCGGGUGCUCGUCGCCCGCGGGAGGGUCUCCGAGGAGAAGGCCACCGAGGUCCGGGCGUUUCUGGAUGCCAACCGGAGGGUCGCCGUCCCGGCAGCGGUGCCGUCGGCCGCGCCGAGAGCUAGGGUUAGGGUUCCGUAUGGAGAGAGGGCGGGGAUGGCGAAGAACCCGACGGGGAAGAGGCUGUUCGAGGUGAUGGAGACGAAGCAGAGCAAUCUCUGUCUCGCGGCGGAUGUCUCCACUGCCAAGGAGCUGCUCGAUAUUGCUGAAAAGGUUGGACCAGAGAUUUGCUUAUUGAAAACACAUGUGGAUAUACUGCCUGAUUUUACACCAGACUUUGGCUCUCAGCUCCGCUCGGUUGCAGAAAAGCAUAAUUUCUUGAUCUUUGAAGACCGUAAAUUUGCUGAUAUUGGAAAUACAGUAACCAUGCAAUAUGAAGGAGGAAUAUUCCACAUAUUGGACUGGGCAGAUAUUGUUAAUGCACACAUAAUAUCUGGGCCAGGAAUUGUAGAUGGUCUGAAAUUGAAGGGCUUACCUCGAGGUAGGGGACUCUUGUUGCUUGCUGAAAUGAGCUCAUCUGGUAACCUUGCUAAGGGCGAUUACACAUCUGCUGCGGUGAAAAUAGCUGAGCAACAUUCAGAUUUCGUCAUUGGAUUUAUAUCGGUGAAUCCAGCAUCAUGGCAAGGGGGUCCUGUUGAUCCAGCAUUUAUCCAUGCAACACCAGGAGUUCAAAUGGUUUCUGGAGGGGAUUCAUUAGGCCAGCAGUACAAUACUCCACACUUUGUAAUCCAUGAUAGAGGUAGCGAUAUCAUCAUAGUUGGCCGUGGAAUUAUCAAGGCAGCCAAUCCUCCUGAAGCAGCAAGGGAGUAUCGGAUUCAGGGCUGGGAUGCCUACAAGGCCAGUUGCUCAUAGACUUUGUUUCAGAUUUUCUUUGGCAUGUUUUCUGUAGAAUGGAAUUUCUCAUGGACGACUGUGUCUUGGAUAUGCCAUCAAGCUCUUGAUUCAGUAUUGAUGUGGUCCUACCAUAAUAGCAGAGUCUCAGCCUGCAGCCUGCAGCCGCAAUGUUUCACGCUGAUUUUGGUUGACUUAUCUGAUGCAUAUUAAUGUUUUACUGCAACCAAAAUGCUGCUUCUUGGGUCAAGUAAUACCAGUACUCAUCCUGUAGGGGUCAAUAUACUGCUCCAGAUGCCAAGUGACUCGAGUUCCUUCCAACGUUGCUUGCUUGAACCUCAUUUUGAUAUUUAACGAUGCAGCAUGGAAAUACAUAAUUACUUUGUCUUCUCAUUAAUGGCUAUAUUUUUGUAAAGAGAAUUGAACUCUCCA